UACCUGUAGUUAGCGAUGGGACUAUAGUUCUUGGGGCUCCAAUAGGCAAGAGAGAGUAUGUGUCUGCAGCCUCUAGCCAAUAUGCUGAGAGUGGAAGGCUGUUGUGUGAGCAGUUGAUGAAGUUGGGAGAGGUACAGAGUGCAAUGCUUCUUUUACGAUUCUGCCAUGUUCCUCGCAUGAACCAUUUAGCACGUUUAGUUUGCCCUGACAGACUUCAGGCAGCUGCCGAGGUCCAUGAUAAGAUUUCUCGUGAGACCUUCACUCACGUAUUGGGAUAUAGUCACCUCACUGACUCUUCCUGGAUGCAAGCUACACUGCCGGUCAGGUUUGGUGGUUUCAGCAUGUCACCAUGCCUCAGCACUUCUCGAUUUGCUUUUCUUUCGUCCUGGGUUCACACUCUGGUUCAUCUGCCUAUUCGUUAUCCAGACCUCAAAUCCGCACUGGAUCUUCUAGUCAACUCAAAUGGUGUCGAGGAAUCGAUAGCAUUUUCGCUGAUGCAGGCUGGCAGUGAUGGGACAGAUAUUACUGAAAUGAUUCAAGUUCCAACUAAACUACAACAGAGGCUGACACGGCAACACGCUAAAGAAAAGACGUCAGCAAUGAUCGAGAAGGCCCCCUCCCAGCGAGAUGCUGCUAGGCUAAGAUCGAUUCAAGGCAAGGGCGCUGGAGCCUGGCUGAAUGCUAUGCCCACCUCAAAUAAGCUCGCACUAGUUUCCCGCGAUUUUCGUUUGGCGGCUUGCUUGAGAUUGGGGUUAGCCAUGCCCUUCGAUGGCUGUAUUCGUCAGUGUGACUGUGGUUCUUUUCUGGACAGUUGUGGAUACCAUCUCCUAACAUGUAAGUGGGGCGGUGGUCCAGUCUGGACCCAUGAGUGUAUUGCCAAUGUAUGGUCAGACUGUCUGCGCAGCUUACAAAUGCACCAUCACAGAGAGCCACGGCAUCGAUACAUUACAUCUGACAACCGCCCUGACAUAACAGUUUUCGAUGUUGGAUCAGGGUCCAACACAGAUUUAGACAUUUCGCUAGCACAUCCCUGGAGCAGUGAAGUAAUUUCAGCAUCAGCAUCUACGGAAGGUGCUGCAGCAUCCAGGAGAGAGCAGAAGAAAACGGAAAAAUAUAGCAGAGAACGACUUCUUGGUAAGGAAACAGUGACAGCAGUCCCACUAGUCUUGGAACAUUUUGGUCGAUGGGGACAACAAGCAGAAAUGUACCUACAGCAUUUGUCAAGUAGAUCAACGGAUGCCUAUGGAACAACAAAUGCCUCCUCAUUCAAGACACAUUGGAGGGAGCGCAUGUCCAUUCAGCUACAAAAAGCCAAUGCUCGAGUCAUCUACAGGAAAGUGGAGAGACUUUUAGAUGAUGCUAGUUAAUUUGUGUUUUUCCAAGGCCAUUUGGCCUUUACUUUUUUUUAGUAAAGGAGCAAGCACGUGUGUAGUUAAUUGGACUGAUGAGGACAUUGUGUUGUAGAGGAUUUAGCCUCCAUCUGUACGUACUUUGUUCUAUUGAAUAAAAUACCUUU